CACUUGCCCCUUUCGUUGUUUAUUUUUUUGUUCUUUUGUAAAUAGUGUGAAUCGGGUUGCCAUUUGUUAAGCUGUAGCUUUUUGUACGUUUGUUUCCAAUUCAUCCAUCGCUUCUGGGAAACUGUCAACAAGGCAUAAAUUUCUCAUCAUUUCACUUUCAAUUUUCCUUUUCUUUAAAAAUUUUGACAUCAACCCACUAAAGAGGAAGGCUUUACCUUCCCCAGCUUUAAAAGUUAAAAACACUGUUCUACCAACCACCAUUAAAGGCCAUAACACAAAACCCCUCUCCAUAAAAUUCCAAGCUUUAAAGAGGCCCUUAUCUUAUCUAUACGUUACUGUUUUUUUUUUAACAUUUCUUUAAUUGUUUUCACUUUCUUGCAACCAAAAAAUAACUUCUAUCAAACAGUGAUUUACCAAACAUGAUAUUAGACCUCUAAAAAGUUGCUUUUUUUCUUUGUCCUGCAGAUUUUCAUUUCUGUUACACCACCCUUUGACUCCUUUUUUCUGAUUUGUUUAUUCGUUUUGGUUCCCCAUAGACAUAAGAGCAUAAAGGAUAAUAAAAAAAAUCUAGGAAUAUGUCAAUAUUUGAGGUUGUCGCCAAGUUCAUAUCAGCUUGUGCCUUGUAAGAUUUUGCGCUCUACGUGUUUUGAAAAUUGCAAUAGAAACUCUGUCAAAUUCCCAUAGAGGUGCAUAAAUGAUUUGAUUUUCACUCCAGGGGCUCCUCUCAUCUGGGUUUUUCUCCAAGGUUCCAUCUUUUGAUUUGUUUUAUUCAGUUCUAGUGUCAGCUGCUUUUGUUUCUAUCCUAUAUAAGAAGAUAUAUUGGAGCUCACAUGAUAUUUCUUGGUACUAGUUUUUAUCUUCCUUAUUCAGUUCUCUUAAUUGAUCUUUGAUUGCCGUUAUAGUUUGCUAUUAAUCCAUAAGUUGUUUCUGUGAGAACCCUGAAUUCCAGCUCCUGUUAAGAACAAAAAGAUUCAGCCUUUCGUGGUCUGUUACUUUCUAGGAUUUUAAAAAAUGGGUUGUAAAGUAUUUGAAUUGCUCUUCUGGGUUUCUUCAGUUUUGUGUUUGGCAUGCUUUGCUAGAGCGUUUACACCGGCAGAUAAUUACCUUAUUGAUUGUGGAUCACCUACUAAUACUACAGUGGGUGGUCGACUUUUCAUGGCUGAUAUAUUAGCCUCGAAACUCCUUUCUGCACCAAAAAAUGUUAUUGGAAACACUUCAAAAGCCGUUACCUCCUCUGAUGAUUCGCCACUCUAUCAAACGGCAAGAAUCUUUACUGGUGUAUCUAAGUACGCAUUUUCUAUCAGCCAACGAGGAAGACACUGGAUUCGACUUUAUUUCUAUCCAUUUGUUUAUGCUAGUUAUGAUAUGAAUUUGGCAAAGUUCGCUGUUUCCACAGAAAACCAUGUCCUCCUCAGCAGCUUCAGUGUGCAAGCUCCUCUUGUCAAAGAAUUUUCUGUUGAUGUAACCACCAAUAGCCUUGCCAUCACAUUCAGUCCUUCAGAGAACUCAUUUGCUUUUAUAAAUGCCCUAGAAGUUGUUUCAGUCCCAGAUCAGCUCAUCCCCGAUGGUGCCAAAUCUGUUAAAUCAUCUGUGGGAUUCCAAGGGCUGAUGUGGCAAGCACUAGAGACGGUUGCUAGGGUGAAUAUGGGGGGACCUACAGUCUCCGUUGAGAACGAUACUCUGUGGCGAACAUGGGUACCCGAUCAGCAUUUUCUUGUAGAAAACAAUCUCGCCUUGAGUAUAUCAAAUACUAGAGCUGUCAAUUAUGUGGCUGGUGGAUCAACACAAGAGAUUGCUCCAAAUUCUGUCUAUGGUACCUGCACCAGGAUGAACUCCUUGAGUGACCCCAAUAGCAACUUCAAUGUGACCUGGGUAUUCGACGUGGAUCCAGGAUUUCAGUACCUUCUUAGGUUUCACUUUUGUGAUAUUGUCAGCAAUGCUCUUAACCAGCUGUACUUCAAUGUUUUUAUCGACUCCUCAAUGGUUGUUCAGGACCUUGAUCUGAGUACUUUGUUUAACGUUUUGGCUGCUGCAUAUUAUAUGGAUUUUGUUACGGAGUCAGCUGCUAGCAAUAAGCUUCGAGUAAGCAUUGGCCCAUCUGAUUUACGUGGUACUUACCCUGAUGCCAUACUAAAUGGACUGGAAAUCAUGAAAAUGAACAAUUCUGAUGGCAGCCUUACUGGCUUGGGAACUGUCAAUACUUCUGGUUCAAGUUCGAAGAAGAAAGUCAGUGCUAUAGUGGGUGUAAGCGUCGGAGUGGUUUCUGGAGUGCUGUUGGCAGGUGUUCUUUUUAUGUUUUGUAGAAAAAGAAAACGAUUGGCACGCCAUAGGCAAUCAAAGACCUGGAUUCCUAUUUCAAUUAAUGGAGGAACUUCUCACACUAUGGGGAGCAAAUACUCCAAAGGAACAACUGCCAGUCUCAAUUCUAAUACGGGCUAUCGCAUUCCUUUUCUGGCUGUUCAAGAAGCCACAAACAACUUUGAUGAAAGUUGGGUUAUUGGGAUUGGAGGUUUUGGUAAGGUGUACAAAGGAGAACUGAAUGAUGGUACAAAAGUUGCUGUUAAAAGGGGAAAUCCAUGGUCCCAACAAGGACUUGCUGAGUUCCAGACUGAGAUUGAGAUGCUAUCCCAGUUCCGCCACCGCCAUUUGGUUUCUUUGAUUGGUUAUUGUGAUGAAAAGAAUGAGAUGAUCUUGAUUUAUGAAUAUAUGGAGAAUGGGACACUCAAGAGUCAUCUCUAUGGUUCAGGUCAUCCAAGUUUGAGUUGGAAACAAAGGCUUGAAAUAUGCGUUGGAGCAGCUAGAGGACUCCACUACCUUCACACAGGCUAUGCAAAAGCAGUUAUUCAUCGUGAUGUGAAGUCUGCGAAUAUCUUACUUGAUGAGAAUCUAAUGGCAAAAGUUGCUGAUUUUGGGCUAUCAAAGACAGGUCCUGAAAUUGAUCAGACCCAUGUCAGUACAGCAGUGAAAGGAAGUUUUGGGUACCUGGAUCCGGAAUAUUUCAGAAGGCAACAACUGACAGAGAAAUCUGACGUAUAUUCAUUUGGAGUGGUUUUGUUAGAAGUUCUUUGUGCAAGACCAGUAAUAGAUCCAACUCUUCCAAGGGAAAUGGUAAAUCUAGCUGAAUGGGCAAUGAAAUGGCAGAAGAGAGGACAGUUGGAGCAAAUAAUUGAUCCUAAUCUCACCGGAGACAUCAGGCCUAAUUCUCUUAGGAAGUUCGGAGAAACAGCUGAGAAGUGCUUGGCUGAUAUUGGCGUGAACAGGCCCUCCAUGGGAGAUGUCUUAUGGAAUCUGGAGUAUGCUCUUCAACUUCAGGAGGCUGUUGUUCGAGGUGAUCCUGAAGAAAACAGUACAAACAUGAUCGGCGAGCUUUCUCCACAAAUCAAAAAUUUCAGUGAGCUUGAUCCCACUGCUUUUUCUGCACAGUUUGAGGUGUCAAGUGUGGAUGACCUCUCAGGUGUUUCAAUGAGUAAAGUUUUCUCACAGCUGUUGAAGUCUGAAGGCAGGUGACUUAUAUGAGAUGGAAAAAUUCUAGGGAUUAAGCUUCUCUUUUGUCAAUGCUGGUACGGUUUCUCUGAUCCACCACUGCUUGCCACAUCCGAGAAGAUAAGCUAGUUUUCUUUCUUUAUUUUGUUUAAAAAGGUGGGAUGGUUCAAAUUCCUUUGUUUUUAAUUGGUAGUAUGUCAGUUCCUCAUCCUAUAACAGUAUAACAUGAUGCGGUUUCUUUGGUUAGUCAUCAUCAGACAAACCAGAGAAAAGCUGUGCUCGUACUGCAGAGGCAACUGCUCAAAAUCAUUUGUGUUCUAAAAAGGCCAAUCUUGGGACUACAGUAGGCUGGAAACGGGCAAAAUCAGGAUGAAAGCCUGCUGGGAAUAAGAGAACAUGACUCAGCAGGCAGGUUCCCUGGCUCAAAGCUUCUAAAGUGUCACCCGUUUACCGCAUUUUCGGAUAAGCUUCUGUUUCAUUUCUACCCUCGUUUCCUCUUUCAGAGCUUACAAGGAAACCACCUCACAUGUAGAUAACAGAUUCACCAAAGGAUUAAUGCAACAGAAAAUUUCUUUUGAGCUUUGAUGACUUGCGUAUUAACAUGAAAAGAAGUACUCACUUUUUGGACCAUUUUCUUCGGGUCAGGUGGCUUCAUUCUGAGGUUUACGCCCAUAGAAAUUAAUGAAUUUGCGUUUGAAAUGAAUUAUAGGAGUCUCAAGACUAAUGUUUAUCUACUU